AUGAAUAAAGACAUAUUAGACAAUAUAAAAGAACUAGCUCAAUUUAAGCUACUAUGUAAAAAGAAGUCCGAUUUAUUAAAGUAUUUCGAGUCUUGUAAACGUAAUGAAUAUGAAGAGAUUUGGAUGACAUCUCAUACAACCUUAGUGGAGUAUAUAAGUGCUGAUAAUUUAUUUUAUGAUGAGGAAAAAUCAACAUUAUUAUUUAAGGAAGAAAAUAAUAGACAAUAUCUAUUAACAUGUAUAAUAUUUGUUUCAAUUUAUUUACAACAUUUGCAUAAUAAGACACAAAAGAAAGGAAUAACAUUUGAAGAGAAUUUCCAAAUACUUUUCUAUAAAUUAAUAGAAAUACAGUUCAUGCUUAGCGACAAAGAAGUGAGAUUAUCCUUUGGCAAAUGUCUUCUUACAAUUUGUGAAUUAAAUAUAAAAGAAAAUGAAUUUACAAAUAACGUCAAGAUAAAUCUUUUAUUAUACUUAUUAUGGAAAUGUUGUCAUAUAGAAGGUAAAGGAACAGAUAUUACAAAAUUAAAGAAAUUCAAAGAAUUUUGUAAAUACAUUAAUUGGGGUAUUUCUGAGAGAACUACUGAUUCAUUUUAUAUCUUAUGUUCUUAUACAUUGAACCUUCCUAAAUUUUAUGAAACAUCUGAUGGAAAAAUAUUUUUAUCUCAUGUUUGGUCUCAGAAUGAGAGUAUAGCAUAUCAUCUUUUUAACAAAUUUGUUCAUAACACUGUCGUUUUAGCACAUAACCAUAUUUAUCAUUACUCAGAAAUUAUUUAUUCCACUUGGAGGAAUUGUUCAGAAGAUAUGCAAGAAACACUUUAUACUCAAAUAGAGUAUCUAGUAAACUUUUCUUUAAAAUGUCCAAUUAAAAUAGCUGCUCGUUUUAGGGAGGUUCUCAGUAUGUUUCACACAAAUAAAGGAGAUAAGGAUGUCAACAGGUUAAUAUUUAAAAUAUACGACCCAGUCAUAUGGAGGAGUUUAAUGUGCCCCAAUUGGAAAAUUAGAUUUAACGCUACUUGCAUAUUUCAACUGAUAUAUCCUGUUGUUGACCCUGGAAUAAAAGAUAUUAAUUAUUUGCAAGAAAUGGAAAAAGCUUAUAACGCACUCUUGGAUUUAUCUGAAGACAAAAAUACAUAUGUACUCCAAGCAACAGCCAAAUGUAUUUGUUAUAUUUUAAAUGAACUGUGGGAAAUUUUCAGCCAUGAUAAAAGAAUGAAACUCAUAGAUAUUUUGAUCAACAAAUUUUUAAAAGAGAAAUCCAAUGAAUGUGUACGUGUUGAAGUAGUAUUAGGUUUUUGUGAGAUGUCUAAAAAUCCUAUGAUUCGUAAAAUAAUUCUAAAAAUAUUUGACAGGAUAAAAUAUCUCAUAAAUGAUAACUCCUUACGUGUCCGUAAAAAUUUUAUUAUGCUUAUAUUAGAUUUACAUAAUUAUUUGAAUGAUACAUUUACUUAUGAUAUCGACUUCAACGAAUUAAUUAAAAAAUUAACAAAAGAUUUUAUUACAUUUAAUGUUCAAUGUUUUAUAAAAAAAAUGUCUUAUAUGAAAUAUGAAUAUCAUGAUAAAUUAAAAAAUAAAGAAAUGUAUGAAUAUUUAAAAUUAUCUACAAAUUUAAUUAGUUACUCUAUAUGGAAAUGUGAUAUAAAAGAACAAGCAAUUAAAUGUAUUAAUUUAUUAAAUGAAUAUCCUGUUCUAAUGAUAUGCAUAAGUAAGUUUUCAACAAAUGUUAAUUUAAUUGAUAGAUAUAAAUUAUCAUCAGUACUCUUUGAAAUUACUAAUUCUAAAUUAAAAGAAGAAAAUAACUUCAUAAUGUUAAAUAAAAUUUAUGAAGAUAAACAAGAUAAAUAUGUAAUGAUAGACCAAUGUUAUAAUAAAGAUGUUUAUAUAAAUAAUAACAUAAAUAUAAUUUUAGAAUCCAAUGAAAAUCUUAAAAAAAGAUAUAUUAGAUAUUCUACUUUAUUAAUAUGCAUAGCAAAUUUUUUAAAACCAAAAAAUGAAGAAGAAAUAGAAUUAUGCUACUCUGAAGAAAUUGAAGAAUUUCUUAAAAUGAAAUUCAAAGAAUUAUAUUUUAUUGAAAGUAUCAAUACUAUUAUGCAACCAUUUUAUUUUAAAGUUUUAAAGAAUAUAUAUUUACAUCAUGAUAAUUAUUUUAUUAAUAUAAAUUCAUAUAGUACAAAUCAAUUGAAUAAUUUAUAUACUAUGAAAAAUAUAUAUUUAUGUCAAAAUAUUAUUAUUCCUUUAUUUUUUAAAUGGAACUUAUUAAAUACAUAUAUAAUAGAUCAUUUAAAAUUUUUAAACAUAUCUAUAGAAUGUAUUACUUAUAAUAUAAAUAAAUGUAUAUCAAACAUUCAUAAUGAAACUUACCAUCUAAAUAUUGAUAACCACAUAUUUCAAGUUAUUGAACAAAAUGUCAAAGAAUUAAUAAAUACAUACAAAGGAUAUAAUGAUACAAGUAAUUUAUUGUCACAUGUAGAAAAUAAUAACAUAUCAGAAGAUAAAAAUAAUACAAAUAUAAAACAAAAUAAUAUUAAUAAGAAUAAUAUAAAUAAAAAUAAAAAUAUACAUAUGUCCAAUUUAAUGUUUGAUUACAAUGAAUUAAAAGACGAAAAUAUAAAUAAACAGAAAGAAUUAAAUUGUUUAAUAUUUUUGUCUCUUGUCGUAAAAAAAAAAAAAUAUCACCAUAUGUUAUUUAAACCUUUUCCAUAUGUUAUAUAUAAUAUUAUUCAUAAAUUUAAUAAUUUUCUUCUUCAUAUUUUUCAUAAUCUUUCAUUACAUAAUUUUGAAUUACCAUCACAUUUUCUUUCAGCCUUUUAUAAAGCAGGGAAUAAAAAAAUUGAUACACAAAAUAUAAUUCAACUAAUAUUAUAUAAUAAAAGGGAUAUAAAAUUAUAUAUACAUAUCUAUGUAUCUUUUUUUUUCCUUUUUCAUUCAUAUUGUACUCAUAAUAAUCUUUUAUAUGAGUGGAAUGAUUUAAUACAAAAUACUUCAAAAUGUAUUGAACAUAUUAGUAACAUUAGAUUUAAGAAUGAGAUACAAAUAAAAUUAUAUAAUGUAACCUCACGGGAAGGAUUACAUAAUAAAGAAGAACAACAGGAGAAAAUAAAAUGGGGAAAAUAUAUUGGUUCCAUAAUAUAUUUAAUAACGCACUUCUUAGAUAUGGUCGAAUAUACCAUAGGCAUGAAAAUGAUUUCUAUUGACGAGCUGGAUAUUAAUCUUAUGACAUAUAAUUUAUUUUUAUUUUAUAAAUGUUAUGAAAUUGUAUGUGACACUGAAAACGAAAUUAAAUUAAUAUAUUUCACAGUGUGGUAUAGAAUAUAUUUAUUUAUUAUUUGCAUGUUAAAUCUGGGAUAUUUUGAAAAAAAAACUGAAAUAAAAUUAGCUGUUUUAAAUACUUUCUUUUUAUUUACAUACGAAUUGGUACCAAAUACAUAUAUAGAAAAUUUUAUAAAAAAAUUUAAUUGCAUAAUUAAAGAAAAGGAUAUCUUCCAAAAUUUCUUGAAUAAUUUUAAAAAUAAUUCAGAUGUAUUAAAUUAUAUGUCAAAUAAUCAAACAACAAAAAUUCAGCAAGUUAUAGACAAAAUAAUUUUUCAAAAGGAAAAAAGGAAAAAAUAA